CUCAUCUAUUUUCUCAAAGUAGCCUGGUUCUAAAAGCAGGAGUCAAACCUAAGCCAAAGGCCAUUUGUACGCUGAGAGAGAGGCUUUGGAACUGGGAGCAUGGAGAACAAUGUGACACAGAUGUCUCAAGAAGACCUGGACGAACUCAGGAAAGCCUUCAACAAAAUUGACAUUGACAGCAGCGGCUAUGUCAAUGAUUUCGAGCUGCAGGAGCUCUUCCGUGAGGCCAGCCUCUCUAUCCCAGGGUACAAGGUGCGAGAGAUCGCAGAGAGAUUCAUCGCAGGUGACACCAACAAAGAUGAGAAGAUAAGCUUUGAAGAGUUUGUUGGGAUAUACCAAGAUAUACGAAGUUCAGAUGUUAGAGACACCUUUCGCAAGACCAUCUCCAGGAAGGAUGGGAUCUGCUCAUUUGGAGGAACAUCUGGAAGCUCCAGUGCAGGAACUCAGCACUCAUAUUCAGAUGAAGAGAAAGUGGCUUUUGUCAACUGGAUCAAUAAAGCCUUGGCAAAUGACCCAGACUGCCAACAUAUCAUCCCCAUGGACCCGAACACCAACAGUCUGUUCACAUCGGUGAAGGAUGGAAUACUCCUCUGCAAAAUGAUCAACCACUCUCAAAAGGAGACGAUCGAUGAACGAGUCAUCAACACGAAAAAACGCUCAAUGUUCAACAUGACUGAGAAUUUGAUACUGGCUCUUAACUCCGCCUCAGCCAUCGGUUGUAUGGUGGUAAACAUCGAUGCUCAAGACAUGAUCGCUGGAACUCCUCACCUGGUGCUUGGGCUGCUCUGGCAGAUCAUUAAGAUUGGCCUGUUCGCCAACAUAGAGAUCUCAAGCAAUGAAGCCCUGAUUGCCCUACUCGGCGAGGGUGAGGACUUGGACCAUCUGUUGUCUCUGUCCCCUGAGGAGCUGCUGCUGCGCUGGGUGAACUAUCACCUUAAAGCUGCGGAAUAUAAUCCAAUCAAAAACUUCAGCGAGGACAUCAAGGACUCCAAGGCCUACUUUCACUUGUUGAAUGAGAUCGCUCCUAGUGGAGAUGACGACAAGAUGCAGGUCAUCGUCGACAUGUCUGGCAUGAAUGAACCUGAUGACCUGAAGAGAGCAGAGCUUAUGUUGAAGCAGGCGGCACGGAUGGACUGUCGGCAGUUUGUCUCACCUCAGGAUGUGGUGGCUGGGAAUCAAAAGCUCAACUUAGCCUUCGUAGCCAACUUGUUCAACAUGUACCCUGCCAUGAAAAAGCCUGCCUACAACGGCAUCGAUCUCACCACCAUCGAGGGAGAGUCCAGAGAGGACAGAACCUUCAAAAACUGGAUGAACUCGCUGGGGAUAAGUCCGAGAGUCAAUCACUUAUACAACGACCUGACGGACGGCCUGGCUAUUCUCCAGCUGUACGAGAAAAUCCAGGUCCCUGUGGACUGGAAGAAAGUAAACCGUCCUCCGUAUCCUGCCCUUGCUGGCAAAAUGAAAAAACUGGAGAACUGUAACUAUGCGGUGGAGUUGGGCAAAAAGGAGGCAAAGUUCUCACUAGUGGGCAUCGGAGGUGACAACAUCAAUGAGGGCAGUCCCAAGCACACGCUGUCACUGGUGUAUCAGCUAAUGAGAAGGUACACCCUCAAAGUUCUAUCUGACAUCGGUGAUGGGGAAAAAAUCAACGACCAAAUCAUAGUCGAUUGGGUGAACAGCACGCUGCAAAAAGGACAAAAACAAUCGACUAUCAGCAACUUUAAAGACAAAUCAAUCAGCACCAGCCUCCCAGUGAUUGAUCUGAUUGGUGCCAUCGCACCUGGAGCCAUCAGAGAUGACAUGGUGAAGAGGGAAAACCUGAAUCCUGAAGACAUGGCCAAUAAUGCAAAGUACGCAAUCUCAAUGGCAAGGAAGAUUGGCGCUAAGGUGUACGCGUUGCCUGAGGACCUGGUGGAAGUCAACCCCAAGAUGGUGAUGACUGUGUUUGCCUGUUUGAUGGGGAAAAGUCUUAAAAAGUGAAGGACU